CCGUCUAGAAGUAGGUGCGCAUGCGUGUAAGCGGGCACUGUGUGCGCAAAGGUGGAGACGAAUCUCGAGAAAACACUACGAUUGGAAGGAAUGUAAAACAAUUUAGAAGUUACUUAAAUAUUUUAUAAUUUAGAAUUACUUAACAUAUAUAAAUAUAUUCGCUAAAAUGUCAAGAAAGAACACCAUAGGACCUGAAUACUUCCGGCUGCGUGACGAUGAGCGCCUCCAGCGGACUCACGAGGCUAUGGUCGAUUUCAUCAAUGAUAGACAGCAAAACCGCAGCUUCUUAGAUGCUUUAAGUUUUGGUUAUGGAUUUGUUCCAGAACUGGACCACUUUGCAGCUCAGUUUACAGGGUAUGAAGAUUCAUCUGAUGAGGAUUAUUAUGAUUAUGACGACGAUAACGAUAAGUAUGGCGUCCGUACAAACAACAGAUACUGUGGCUUUUCUCGCAACUUUCUUGAUAGAGGCCUGCCAAAACCAUCCAAACACGUAACACCCGAGGAAGCAGAAAGAAAUGCAAAAGUGCUAGUAGAUGAAGAGGAAAAACUUAAGAAAAAGGCAGAGAAGAAGAAACAGAAAAAGAUGAGACAGAAAGAGAGACGUCGGCUGGAAAAAUUAGAGAAGGAGAAUGCAGAUAAAGAAAAAAAUAAACCGGUACAAGUUGACCCCGGACCAGAAAAGACUAAACAUGCAGAUAAAGAUGAAAAUGAAAAUAAAGUUAAAAACAAAAAUUGUUCAUCUGUGCCUUCUCGUCCUCAACGCACCUCAGCACCUGUGCAGAGUAGUGAUAGCAGUAGUGAUGAGGAAGAUGAUGAAGAGGAAGAGUCAACUAUAGAACCAGAGGAGCUUGAUAUGAAUAGCUGCUUCGUGUCAAACGCAGCUGCUAUCGCCAAGCGCAAACUAGAACAAAAACCCAAACCUGACAAGAAACCUCAAGCAAACUCAAGAAAACAGCGUGGGUCAGAGGAGAAAGGCACCACUACGCCACAAAAACAGAUUGAUAAGGAGGAGGUGAAGUCAGAGGAGACUGUCAAUGCAAAUUAUUUUAUUACAAGAAGUGUGGAGAUGGCAGUUAUGGGUAACCAGUAUGCCGCCUCAGGAAACCUGGAGAUGGCUGUGAAAUAUUUUACAGAUGCUAUAAAAAACAACCCUAAAGAAUAUAAGUUGUUUGGAAAUCGUUCUUACUGCUAUGAAAAGAUGUUUGAAUAUGAGAAAGCUUUAACCGAUGCUGAUAUUGCUCUUUCUAUGAACCCCAAAUGGAUUAAAGGGCUUUACAGAAAAGGCAAAGCGCUGGUUGGGCUGAAGAGAUAUUAUGAAGCCAGACUUACAUAUGGUGAAGUGUUAAAACUGGACAGCACAUGUAAGGAUGCAGCUGAGGAGAUGAUGAGGGUGCAGCUCAUGCAGCUUAUGGAAAUGGGAUUCACCAAAGAGCAGAGUUCAAAUGCCCUUAUUCUUCAUGGAACUGUAGAAAAAGCCUUAGAAAGUCUCUCUGGGCUAUCAGGUUUAGUCCCUGUCCUAGUUCCCAGAGAAAGUGAGUUUAUGACUGUAGAGCGUCACCCACAACCUCCAGCUAAAUUCCCUCUCAGACCUCUUCCUCAGAAUCAGCAUCAACCCAGUAUGCCAGCCGCUGCUCCAGUUCACCGUCAUGCCCCAGAGCUAUUCCCUAUCUGGGUCGGAGAUCUGGUGCCUUCUAUAACAGAGGCUAAACUUUAUAAGUUAUUCAGCUUUGUUGGACAAGUCCAUAGUGUAAGAGUGUUACAAAUGAGACAUUGUGCAUUUGUUAACUACACCAACAAGGAGGACUGUGAGAAAGCCAUACAAGACUUCAAUGGUUAUGCCAUUGAUGGGACAACUCUAGUGGUGCGCUAUCCUGAUAGGAUUCACACACGUCUUGGAGUGUCCAGAGAUGCAUCUACAGAGUCACCAGGGAAGACCGACAAACAACCUGAUGAAUGUUAUUUUUGGAGGACAACUGGCUGCUUAAAGAAUGACCGCUGCACUUACAAGCAUAUUCCAGAAAACAAGGGCGUUGACCGCCAUAAAGCCAAAUCACACCCCUGAUUCACAGCACACCGACAGAGGGAUUUAAACCUCUCAAAAUCAGUGUAAUUAGUUACAGAUACAGUAAAAAUUUCACAUGCAUAAAACAAUAUGGGGCUAUCGUGUUUGGUCAUUUAUCUGGAUAUUUCAUCAUUUUUGUCUACAAAUAGUUCAAGUCUUACUAUCAGUCUAUACACAAGUUAAAGAGAGUUUGGACAAACGGGUAUGAUGGCUGUGAUUUAAUCAACUUAUUUUGUCCCACAAAAUAGUAUGUUCCCUUUUACUAAGUCAGUUAUUGGUUUUAAUGUUUUGCAAGACAGUGGCGUGAAGCUUUAUAUUAUUUUUAAGGCUGUCCAAAGUUUAAUACAUGGUCACUGCAAAUAUCUUUUUUUUUUUUUUUUUUUAAACUAUUGGGAAAAAUAUUUGCCUUAUUAUGACCCUGUCUGAGGGUUUCAAACCAUAAGUGUUGUCUGUCUCUGAGAGUUUUUAUUUGGACUGAUUCUAACCUGCAGGUUUUUACCUGCUUCUGUAAAAGUUGAAAUGUGUCGAAUUCAAAUCUCUCCACGUCACGUCUGUUAUAACAACUAUUUGGCGUAAAUAGUAUUAUAUCAUAAAUCUUGAUGAGGAAAAGUUUGCAUUAAGUUGUAAUUGAUUACCAGUGAUAUACCUGUAAAGCAAUGCAAAAUUACUCUCUAAUACAAUAAAAGUUGCCCUGAAAAAUGGGAAAAUCUU